UUGCAUCGUUUCAUAUGCGCGAGAGAGAGCGCCAACUCAAGUGGCGUCUUCUCGUUCCCUUCUCGCCCCACGGCUCGUUUUCCCUUCGCGUCGCCCCCCUUUCUUCCAUUCUUCCCGUUUCCUCUCUCGCCUUUCGCAUCUCUGCCUCGCGAAUCGGCGUCGAUGCGCCUGUUUCUCUCGCUUCUCGCACCUUGAUGUGUGUUUAGGGUUGUUGUUCUGGUGCCGAUCGAGACCUAAGCGCGCUCUCAUUGGAGAAGAAAAGGUUUGUCCUGAGCGAGCAUUGUGUGAUCGGUCCUUGUUUGGGGGCUCAUCUACUCAUCAUUUGUUCUAAUUCCACGGUAGAUAUGGAGGCUUUGCCGGAUAAGAUAGCGUCUAAUUCUAGCGCUGGAUGAUAUAGGUUUAUCUAGAAGCUACUACGGUGUUGGGCAAUUCUUUGAUGCUGUCAUGAUCACAAGGCAGAGAUGAAUCUCUCUGCCCUCCUGACAUCUGCAGGCAUAAACAUUGGUCUUUGUACACUUUACCUGUCACUAUAUUCAAUCUUGAGAAAACAACCUAGUUUUCUCUAUGUGUACUUUGGCCGGCAGCUCACACAGCGAAAUAAUAAUUAUCUGGAUGCUUUCAAUUUGGAAAGAUUUGUGCCAUCUCCUAGCUGGAUAAUGAAAGCUUGGGGACUAACAGAAGAAGAAAUCCUCUCUGUCGGUGGCCUGGAUGCUGUGGUAUUCCUUAGAAUUUUUGUUUUCAGCUUGCGUAUCUUCUCCAUUGCUGCUUUUGUUUGUGUCUUUGGAGUGCUUCCCAUUAAUUAUUUUGGCCAAGAAAUGCAGCACACACGAAUAUCUGCAGAAUCAUUAGAAGUAUUUACAAUUGCAAAUGUCAAAGAAGGAUCCCGCUGGCUUUGGGUCCACUGUGCCGCUUUAUAUGUUAUAACCUGUUCAGCUUGUAGUCUUCUUUACUUCGAGUAUAAAAGUAUUUCAAAAAUGAAACUAGAUUAUAUCAUUGGAUCACCUCCAAAGCCUAGUCAUUUUACAGUCCUUGUUCGUGGUAUUCCAAAGUCAAUAGGGGAACCUUUGGGUGAUACUAUUAGAAACUUCUUCCUACACUAUCAUGGUUCAAGUUACUUAGGACAUCAAAUAAUUUGUCGAAGGGGAAAACUGCAGAAUUUUUUUUCUAAUGUGAAGAUGGUUUACAAAAAGAUUUUCUGCUUUGAAGUCACUGCUCUGGAUAAUACUUGCAGAUCUGGCCUCUGUAGAUGUGGUCUUUGUGGAGGAGUGUCCAAUUCGUUUCGCUUUUACCCUGAUAAUUUUUAUGAAAGGAGGACUGACUUGCACUGCAUAGAUAUAAGUAGCCACCAAAAGGAAUGCUCAUCUGCGUUUGUCUUUUUCAAGACUCGUUAUGCAGCAAUUGUUGCUUCAAAGGUUCUGCAGACUUCAAAUCCCAUGUUAUGGGUAACAGACCUUGCUCCUGAACCAAAUGAUGUUUAUUGGCGAAACUUAUGGAUACCAUAUCGGCAGCUUUGGGUUCGAAGAAUAGCAACUCUUUUGGCUAGCAUUGUCUUCAUGUUUUUGUUUCUUAUCCCAGUGACUUUUGUACAAGGUCUAACUCAACUAGAGCAGAUGCGACACAUGCUAUCAUUUCUAAAAGGUAUACCUAACAAGGCCUUUGUAAUCCAGUUCGUGUCAGGUUACCUCCCCAGUGUCAUUUUGCAGCUUUUCCUAUAUACUGUACCCCCAACGAUGAUGCUGUUUUCUACCUUGGAAGGGCCUGUUUCACGCAGCGUCAGAAAGAAAAGUGCAUUGUGCAAAGUAUUGUACUUCACUAUAUGGAACAUAUUUUUUGUGAAUGUUUUAUCUGGAUCUCUCAUCACCCAGCUGAGUCUCAUUACUAGACCGAAAGAUAUUCCAGCUCAUCUUGCUAAAGAUGUGCCAAGGCAGGCAACCUUCUUCAUGACUUAUGUCCUUGCAUUAGGUUGGACAAGUUUAUCAUCUGAAGUACUGCAAAGUUACUCACUAUUAUAUCAUCUGACCCGGAAGUAUAUAUUCAGAUGCAAGGAUGAUCCAAGUUUAGUACCCUCAUUUCCAUAUCACACUGAAGUUCCAAAAGUCCUCUUGUUCGGUUUACUCGGCUUCACAUGUUCGAUAUUGGCACCUCUUAUAUUACCAUUCUUACUGGUUUACUUUUUUCUCGGUUAUCUGGUGUAUCGCAACCAGAUUCUAAACGUUUACAGCACAAGUUAUGAUUCCGGCGGGCGGAUGUGGCCCAUUGUGCACAACACUACAGUGUUCUCUUUGGUGCUUACACAGAUCAUAGCACUUGGAGUUUUUGGAAUAAAAGCAUCCCAGAUGGCUUCAGCGUUCACUAUUCCACUUCUGAUCAUCACACUUCUUUUCAGUGAAUACUGCAAGAAACACUUCUAUCCCAUAUUCAGAGAUCUCUCUGCUCAGGACUUCAUUGACAUGGAUAGAGACGAUGAGCAGUGUGGGAGGAUGCCGAAAAUCCACGAGCAAUUAUUCACAGCAUAUGCAUGGCUUGCGCCGCCGCCACCACCACCGAUCACCGGUGCUCUCGAGUUAUGUUAUGUUGAUGGGGAACCUGACUCCCCCGUGCAGGUCACAAUCUGACAAGAAAUUGGAUUUCAAUUGUAGGAAUGUGUAGUAGUUCAUUAUUUUAUUUAUCUCAGACUUUAGGGAUAUGUAGGCCAUACAUUCAAGGUGUAACUUUUAAUUUAUUUGUUUAUGAAAUGUAAAAUUUUAAUGAUUACGAGGACAAUAAGUUAUGUAUAUAGUAUAAAAGGAUGGAGGUAUCAAAGUAGGGAAGAA